AGCUACUGGUCCCUCUUACUGUGCCAGUUGGGUGACGGUGCAACUGUUUUUCGGUCGUCCCGAAUCCGGGUUCAUCCGACACCGAAACCGCACGCCGGUGCAGUAAACAACGCCAGGAUGCCUCCUAAAUUCGAUCCCAACGAAAUUAAAAUCGUGUACCUCAGAUGCACUGGGGGUGAAGUUGGUGCUACCUCAUCCCUGGCUCCCAAGAUUGGCCCACUGGGUCUGUCUCCCAAGAAGGUCGGCGAUGACAUUGCCAAGGCUACAGGUGACUGGAAAGGCCUGCGUAUCACGAUCAAGCUGACUAUUCAGAACAGACAGGCACAGAUUGAGGUUGUCCCAUCAGCUUCUGCCCUCAUCAUCAAAGCCCUUAAGGAACCACCCCGUGACAGGAAAAAGCAAAAGAACAUUAAACACACUGGCAGCAUCACCUUUGAUGAGGUGGUUAAUAUUGCCCGACAGAUGAGGCACCGUUCUCUGGCCAGGGAACUUACAGGAACCGUGAAGGAAAUCCUGGGAACUGCCCAGUCCAUUGGUUGCAACAUUGAUGGGAAACACCCCCACAGUGUGAUUGACGAUAUCAACCAGGGCAAGAUAGAGUGUCCUUCUCCUCCAGUAUUUGGUUCUUACUUUGGUACAGAGAAAGAAGCUGACUGAGAUCUGAAAUUUUCA